GCGAGCGGCCUUUCCCCUGCAGUUGGCCCGGCUGCCAGAAGAGGUUUGCCCGCUCCGACGAGCUGGCCCGUCACUUCCGCACCCACACCGGGGAGAAGCGCUUCGCCUGCCCGCUCUGUGAGAAGCGUUUCAUGCGCAGCGACCACCUGACCAAGCACGCCCGGCGCCAUCCAGCCUUCCAGCCGGGCAUGGUCCGGCGGCCCAACAGCCACGUCGCAUCCCCCAGUGACUCGGUUGCCAGCAGCCUGGCUGGAAGUCCCGCCCCGGACAGCCCCACCUCUGACAGCCCUGCUCUGUGAGAAGCCGGGCAGCAGGAGCCCGGAUACACCCGGUGCUCCCCGCGCUUCUUGGGAAGGUGCUGUCUUGGACUGUGGAAGACGCCGCAAAGCCGUUCUCCGCAGGAAAGCUUUGCAAACCUGUCUGGAGCGGCCCACAAUUCCUAGAUGCCCCGUGGCCUGGCGGAAUUUCCCAGGUCACGGCAUUAAUUACGAUAACCAUACCAGCCAGGCCGGAUAUUUCUAAUCCAAGCCCUCUGGAUCCAGCUUUCCCCCUC